AUGUCUUUGCUAAGCAGGCUCUCUCCAAGAGAGCCACCUCCAGUGUUGUGCCCAAGAGAGGCAUUGCGCUCUGCGCACUCUACUCCAUCAGCUCCAAAGCCUCCAGUUUUCACAGGAUGUUCAGGCGAGGACUUCAAGCCUGGUGACUGGGCCACCCACCUGCGCCGAGGGCGACCUGCUUCACCUCCCAGAUCCAAGUCGCAAGGAGGAUUACGGCGCGCUUGGUCACCAGUAGGUGCGGCCACUUCACCCCCUCGAUGGCAGCCCUUGGCCCAUGCUUUGGAACCAAAGGGGGGCUCGCCUCGAUUGCCGCCUCCGCCAAUGAGGUUGAUGGCGGGCCCCGAGCGACAGAAGUGA